CAUGGCCGAUAACACCACCGACGGAAGCCAUCACAUCCAGAACGACAGCGCCGAAGCCAUGCAAAUUAACCCGCAGCGCGCGAAGCAGCUUGUCGAGAACCUGACGGGAAUAUCGAAACGUAUCGAUGCGGUGAACAAGAGCGGCAGAAAUGUUCGCCUUAUAGCCGUAUCUAAAUUGAAACCCGCCACCGACAUUCUUGCCUUGCACCAACCCCAAUCCUCGUCCCCGUCAUCGUCGACGCCCUUCCACACACACUUCGGGGAAAACUACGUGCAGGAGCUCCUCGAGAAGUCACGAAUCCUCCCGCGCUCUAUCCGCUGGCAUUUCAUCGGUGGACUACAGAGCAACAAGUGCAAGCAACUCGCGGAACAAAUACCGAACCUAUGGUGCGUGAGCAGCGUAGACAGCGAGAAGAAGUGUAAUGAGCUCGAGAAGGGGCGUAAAGCGCUUCUGUCGCAACAGCAAAAUGGCAGUGGUGCUGAGAAACUGCGCAUCAUGGUGCAAAUCAACACGUCGGGCGAGGAGAACAAAUCCGGCGUCGAGCCUGAUGACGCUCUUACGCUAUGCAAACACAUUAUCGAGAAGUGUCCUAGUCUGCAGCUCUCUGGGUUCAUGACUAUUGGCGCGAUUGCGCGGAGUAAAGCCACAACGCCGGAGAAUGUGAAUGAGGACUUUGAAAAACUGAGGGAGGUGAGGGGAGCUGCUGCACAAGGGUUGGGAUGGGAGGAGGACAAGCUGGAGUUGAGUAUGGGGAUGAGCGCCGAUUUCGAGGGCGCGAUCGGGCAGGGGAGUGAUGAAGUUAGGGUUGGGAGUGAGAUCUUUGGAGAGAGACCGCCGAAGAAGGACGCAGUGGUGUAGGAUGGAUGAUGUGAUGAACUUAGACGUAUAUUCUUUCUGCAUGCAAGCAACAAGUCCCCGACAUUCAAUGGCAUGAUAUGUGUGCGCUAUAAAUGGAAAUAUGUG